AUGCCUCGCUUUGACGAUGCUGAUCUGGGCCUGGACCCUGCUGCUCCUGCCCCCAGAGAGGCUCGCAACAGCAGCGCUCUCCCCAUCCCCAGCGACUCUGGCAACACCGUGGAAAUUCCCGCCACCCGCAGCGCCAUCAGCGACGCUGCUCAGUUCAUGCACAACCUGAGCCUGACCCCCUCGUCGCGGGAACGUCGUAGCUCUCGCAACUCGUUCGGUACUUCUCUGCCCAUCCCCAGAUCGCCUCGCGUGUCCCGCCUGUCGUCCGCCAGGCCCUCCGGAGAUGCCUCCAUCACCAGGGACAUCCUGGCCUCGCAGGUGCAGGACAUGUCCAAGGAGAAGGUCGCCGCCGCGAAGAACAUGGCCUUUGCCUUUGACAUCGACGGUGUGCUCGCCCACGGGAACGAGCCCAUUGAGGAGGCCAAAGAGGCCCUCAAGAUGCUGAACGGCGACAACGAGCUGGGCAUCAAGAUCCCCUACGUCCUCCUGACCAACGGUGGCGGUAAGACCGAAGCCGCCCGUUGCCAGCAGCUCUCCGAGAUCCUGGAGAGCCCUAUCUCCACCGACCAGUUCAUCCAGUCCCACACGCCAAUGCAGGCCUUGUCUGAGUACUACGAGACCGUCCUGGUCUGCGGUGGUGAGGGUCAGAAAAUUCGCGAGGUCGCCGAGAACUACGGUUUCAAGAACGUCGUGCACCCCAAGGAUAUCCUCGCUUGGGACCCCACCGUGUCUCCCUGGGGCUUCUUCUCCGAGGAGGACCGCGCCGAGGCUAAGCCCCGCGACUUCUCCAAGAUCAAAUUCGACGCCAUCCUCAUUUUCGCCGACUCGCGUGACUACGCGACGGACUUCCAGCUCGUUAUCGAUCUGCUGCUGGCCGAGGACGGCAAGAUGCUGACCCGCGCCAAGGACCCCGUCGCCUCUCGCAUCCCCAUCUACUUCUCCCAGGGUGAUCUGGUCUUCCCCACCAACCACAAGGGUCCUCCUCGUCUGACCCAGGGUGCGUUCCGUAUCGCCAUUGAGGCCCAGUACAAGGCCCUCACCGGAGUCGACCUCGAACGUGUGGUCUACGGCAAGCCCGAGCGUGCCACCUACACCUACGCCGACGAGGUUCUCCGCUCGUGGAUGGAGCAGAUCCACAACGAGAACCGCCUGCCCCAGAACGUCUACAUGGUUGGUGACAACCCGGCCUCCGAUAUCUGCGGUGGUAACAUGUACGGCUGGAACACCUGUCUGGUCCGCACCGGUGUGUUCCAGGGCGGCGAGAACGACGACAACAACCCCGCCAACUUCGGCGUCUUCCCCAACGUGCUGGAGGCUGUCAAGGCGGCCGUUCGCAAGGAGCUGGGUGAGGAUUUCAAGUUCAAGUGGAACCCCAAGGUCAACCCCGUCACUCACGGCGACGGUGCUUCCGCUAUCGAGUAA